AUGAAGCGGAGCCUCGAGGCCACGUAUCGCGAGAGGCAUAGGCUGGCUUUGAGGGAGGAGGUGCCGCUGCUGCGGAAGGAGGCUUUGCGAAUCGAUGAGAGGAGAAGCUGUAUGAUGAAGUAUUGGGUUAUGGCAGCGACUUCCAAUCCUGAGUUCGUGAUGGCUCGUUCCGUCGUCUGCACGACGUCGGCUUUGCUCUGCUUGAUCGCUCUCAUCACUCUGCCGAUUGCUUAUGUCUUCGUCUGGAAGAGGCACGAAGGGCCGUCUGUGUAUAAAGCUUCCGUUGAGUGGAUUCUGUAUACGCAGACUGUGGGCGUUGCGGUCGCCACGAUAGCCCCCGUGUCGAGAUGGUUUGUUGUUGUCAGCUUCAAGUACUCAAAUAUGAACAGAUUGAGAGAUGAGAUGAAGAUGGAGAAGUAUUGGGUGCAGACUCUGGUCGAUCUGAGAGAGAGCUUCUCAGGUUUGCAGAUAGGGCAAGUCAAGUGCUUACAUGAUUUAAAAUGGUUUGUUAUUACUUUCUGCAUUGGGAUUCAGAUCUUGAUUGUUCUUCUCAGCAAACUCUUUGUUUUCCUCUCUGCAUUGCUCAUGACUCCAUGCUUUUAUUUCUGCGAGCAACUUUACUCAAUUGAAUCCGACAACGACAAAGGUCUAAAUCUGAGCCGUUACGUGCUUCUGCUCCAAGGGGAGGCAGAGCUGCCGAGAACUGCCGUGAAGAAUAUAUGCAGCGAGGCAGACAGAAUAAUUCAGACUGGUAAAGGGAAGCAGCCAAAGAGCCUUAUAAAUCUUGUAUCCAAAUCUGUGGACUUGAAGGGGCUAGGGCUAUUUGAUAGCAACCAAGUUCCAAGCCUACAUUCUCAAGAGCCUCCAAAUUGUUGGUCGUUGCCAGUUGUGACAUUGACAAGCAUUGCUCUCGCGAUUCCUCACGCUGCGGAGAAGAAGAAGGAAGGGUUGUUGAACAGCGUGAGAGAAGGGCUUUCUCUAGCUAAGCUGGUGGAGAAAACUCUCGUGAAGGAUGAGCGACGUGUCAUCAACAUCAGAGAAGCUACGGAUAUGUGUUGGGUGGGAGUCGUGCUGUAUAUGAAAUGGUUGGAUAUUGAUCUCAAGAGAAUGUCUCUUGACUGCAGGAACUCGAAGGAGAUGCUGCGAGAGCUCUCGGAGAAGGCUGAAAGGAUCGUGGCGGAGUAUUUGGAGAGACCGUUUGUAGAAGAUCCUCUCGACUGGCCGGCUAGAGUUAUUGCUGCGAAUUCAAUGUACAGAAUCAGUCGAAGUGUUGUGCUGUGUGUGGAUGAUGAUGACGACGACGAAGGGGUGUUGGAGAAAUUGUGUGUGAUGAUUGCAGAUAUAAUGGCGGCGUGUUUCACGAAUUUGCCUAAUGUUAUAACCGUGAUGUGUCAAGGUAGCGCGAUAGAGAAAAGGGAGAAGAGUGUUGAAAAAGCGUUUGUGCUUCUAGGCAAAACGGAAGAGAUUGUUGAAGCUGUGCAGCGGCUGGAAUGGCCGCCCAUGGAUCAUGAGAAAGCAGCAGAGAUAGAAGAAUGGCAGGCUUGGUUUCGACAAACUGAAAAAGUUGUGGAGAAUUUGGUUUCGGUUUCGGUUUCGACUACUGAUGAGACACAACAUUUAGUUAUACAAGUAGAUACUCCCUUCAUCCUAUAA